AUGCGAACCAGAUUUCCACUUGCUUACAUUCAAGACGAAGAGCUGGGGAAGAAAGAUGAUGAUCAUAGACCUGGAGAUAAAAAAACAUUCAGAUUGGGACGGGGUCAUCCAAAUAUGUACGCGCUCCAGAGGAGAUUUCUUAAAAGGGCUGCAUAUGGUAUACUAGGCUUGAUUAUAUUGUAUUUUUCGUUCAAGUCAGUAUCGAACAGCCUUCAGCAUUCGAACCUCGAACCUGGUUCUAUCUACCCCGACAGCUUGCAAUCAAGUAUUUCAAAGAUAAAAGAUGUUGUCACCACAUCUAUACUACCAGAAAAACAUUCAACAACUUUUGAGUAUAAUGGGGCCAUCAAAUUCCAUCACUUGACCACAGCCCCAAUAUUGCAAGAUAAUGAAGCUCCAAACCAAAAUGUGCUUUUCGCAGCAGCUAAUAUCAAGAGUGCUGGGAAACUUCUGCUUUUGGCUUGCGAAAUGGCCGCACGAAAACGAAACAAUUUGCAUUUUGCCAUUAUGGGUCGCGAUACAAUGCCAUUAAAUAUUCUGAAAUCAGCUAAUGGAGUUAAUAAAAACUGCCAAGUUACAUUUCACGAUGGCCGUCCGGAUCACUCCUCUUCUAGUUCAGAAUUCCGUAUGCAAGCUAGUGUCUCGGCUGCGUUCAAAAAGAUUAAUGGUUUUGUCAAUCCUCACGCAACCUUAGUCGAUGGGUCAGGGAUAGAGGAAGCUUGGUUUCUGAAAAGUCUCAAGUCAACGGCGUUAGAUCUUUCCAAGACAAUCAUUGAACUCCCCCAAAACACCGAAGAAAAUUUAAGAUGGAUCCUACAGCUUGACGGCAGGUCUCUAAGAGACUGGAACCAAAUCUCCAUCGAAAUCAUCAUUCAUGCCCAGACAUCUGCAAGUGGAUCAUUAAUAAGGCUGCUAGAAUCAUUAAAAAAGGCCGAUUACUUAUCUAUGAGUCCUCCUCAUCUUACCAUAGAGUUACCGCAUUAUGUGGAGGAACAAACAUCCAAAUAUCUCCAGAACUUCAGAUGGCCAGCGCAAAGUAGUCCUAUAGAGGGAAAUUUAUUAUCAGUUCAUCAUCGUAUACCCCAAAAUGCUCUCAGUGCCGAUGAGAGCGCUAUUCGUGUGCUGGAAUCUUUCUGGCCCACAAACCCAUAUGAGUCACAAGUCUUAGUGCUCUCACCGCAAGCAGAACUUUCGCCUUUAUUUUUUAGUUAUCUCAAGUAUUUAAUUCUUAAUUAUAAACAUGGUAACGUAACAUCUGAACUUCAGAGUAAACUCCUUGGUAUAAGUCUCGAUUUGCCAUCCACUUAUUUCAAUGACACCACCACCUUUACACCGCCAAUCGACGACGAAAAAAAGUCGGUAAACUUCCUGUGGCAAGCUCCAAAUAGCAAUGCUUGUCUAUUUUUUGCCGACAAAUGGGUUGAGCUCCAUGAUUUUGUUUCCCGAGUUCUCGAUUCUAAAAAUAGACUUCCUGUGCCCAAAACACUUAACCGUAAAGAAGUUAGUAAAAAGUACCCGAGUUGGUUGGAAAAUGUUCUUCAGCUAGCACGUCUAAGGGGAUAUUUUGUUCUUUACCCAAACUUUGAAACUCCACAUUCUCUUACUACGAUUCACACGGAGUUAUACAAGGCACCAGAAGAGUAUCAAUCAGAACUUGGAUCUGAGGAAGAUUUAGACUCCGUCAUUGCGUCAGAACCAACUCAGUCUUUAGAAUUACAACCUAAGGAAGGACGAUUGAUAAAGGAUGCUCUCGAUAGGAUUUUACCAUUUGAAGGUGAAUUACCAGACUUGAACAGCAUCCCAAGGCUUAGCUGGAAUGGAAAAAACUUGAGAGUAGAAUCUUCUGAAGAAUUAUCUAGCUACGGCGAUCAAUUCAGAAGAGAGAUUGGUGGCUGUACAGAUGGGAAGCCUAAGACAGCUGUGGAGCUUUCGGCUGGAGAUUUAUUCUGCUUCGAGGAUAUACAAAUGCCACAGCCUGAUUAG